AAAAAAUAGUAAAAUUCAUCAUUAAAGUAAAAUGUAGAGAUAUAUAAAGAUUUGUAUGAAAUUAAUAAAGAUAGAAGAUUAUAUGAUAUAAAUAAAGAGAGUACAAUUUGAAUAUCUUCUAAGUUAAUAAUAAAUUUAAGUGAGAUUAGAUAGAUAGAAAGACAAGCAUAAAUUAGUUUUGGAAAGAUUAAGUGAGGAAUUGAAAGUAGUAAAAUAGGGAAUAGAAAUGAUCAAAUUAAAACGCCUUCAAACCAAUUUCCAACAAUGAUUUGAUCACCAUAAAAUCGACCUUUUCCAUGAAUCAUGCCGUUAAUAAAAUGACCUUCAAAUUUUUAACCAUUUGUAAGAGUUAAUAUUCCUUCACCAUGCAUUUUAUUUGAUUUAAAAUAUCCUUUAUAG